AUGCGUACCGAGGACGUUCUCGCCCUCCUCGGCGACGCCGCGAGCGCCGGUCGAGUGAGAGCGCUUCGCGGUGACCUACGAGGACGCGUCGACGUUCACAUCGCUCGAGCGAGAGAAAUCUUACAGAGCGACGUCGCUCGCGUCGACGCGUCGGCGUUGUCGGCGCUCAAGGCGGGCGUGGAGGCGCACGACGCAGCGACGGAUGACGAGAGCCGGUGGGCGGCGAUGCGCGAGGCGUACGACACGGCGCAGCGAGCGCUAUUGAACGCGGCGAACGACCCGGAUUUGGCGCUCGCGGACGUCACGCACGUCGGCUCGGAGACGGUUAAAGACGAUGCGUUCGUCGAACGGAAGAUGACGUUCUAUGGGGAGAACGGAGGUGAUGCUGGGAGAUGGCGAAGUCUGAACGACGGCGUCAUGGGCGGCGCGUCGAGCGGGACUUUGUCGACGACGGAUGAUGGGCGCUGCAUGUUUUCGGGAAACGUGAGCUUGGACUACAACGGCGGAUUCGCGAGCGUGCGAGCGUACGUCGAGGAGGUCGGUGAGGACUUCGACGGAGUGUACAUUGACGCCAAGUCGCCCACGGGGGAGGCCAAGACGUUUCUGUUCAUUUUAAAGGACGAGCCGUGCCUGCUCGAGCAGACGAAUUUUAAGGUCAAGUUUAAAGUGGGCACCGAGUUUACUCGUGUCAAAAUCCCCUUCGCGGCCUUUUGUCGGGCCGAGCGCAUGGGGCGCGUAGUUUUGCGCCCACCACUGAAGAUCGACGCGAUUCGCGAGUUCGGCUUGAUGAUUCUGAAGGGGUCGCCCGAGCAGGUCGGGCCGUUUGAACUCGAGGUGAAGGAGAUUGGUUUUUAUCGCGGUUGA